GCGUGCACUCACCACUGUGACAGACAAUCUCUACAACGGGUUAUGGAAGAGCCCACAAUGCGUUUGAACGGGUGAGCUGAAGAAUAAACAUUAUGGUGGGAGUGGAGUGCAGUUCUGAGCAGAUGAGGGUGUGAUCCCUCUGUGACUGGUCCACCAAGAGAGAGAGAAGGCAAGACAGACGGAGAGAGAGCGAAGAAUGGCUCGAAACGUUAACUUCGCUCUGGACUACCCUCUCAUGGAAACUGGACUAGAGAGCCCAGUGGAUGAGGAUGGUGUUCAUGACUUGUUCAACCAGCUGAUCGCAGAGCAGAGUCAGAAUGGAAAACUGUCCGAAGCCUACGAGCUACAGCAGCUGCAGAGAGACCUGGAGGAGGAGGAGGAGGAGGAGGAUCGAGAUCGUGUGACCUACCUGUCCGGCCCCAGACAAGACUUACGAGAAAGGCGGCGGCAAAGAGAAGCUGACCAGCAGGAUGAUAAUGCGACGGACUCUCUCAUGAGUGAACGCUGGUCCUCGGCCACCAUGAAGAUCCUGUCCUCAAUGCCCAGUCGCACCAUCGGCCGCAGUCGGGGAGCCAUCAUCUCGCAGUACUACAACAGGACCAUGCAGCUUCGCAGGCACAGGCAGAGUAGACCCUCCAUUAAGGACCUCUCCCGCUCUGCCAGGCCGAGCAUACGAGGCUACGGCAUGGAGACGGACAGUGCUGACACGGAUGCUGCAGAAGUGACUAAGACACAGUAUUUGGUGAACAACCUGCAGAACCUCUCAUUGAGUGAUAGAAUCAGGAUGCUGCGAGCAAUGCCACUCAGUGUGGCUGCAAAGAGUGAGCUCAGGAGUUUAGCAUUAAAAAAAGUGAAACGCCCACAUCCAGGAAGUCAAAUCCCCUGUUGCAGUCGACUCAAGUAUUACAUCAUAAUCGCCUUUAGACAAAGCUGGUACAGCUGGCUGUCCUUCCUGCACUCCCUCCAGCUGUGGCAGGUGGCGCUCAAGAGAGUAAGCGGUCGUUUUGGCACGGGAGUCCUGUCAUACUUCCUGUUCCUUAAGACACUACUCUUCUUCAACGUCUUCUUGUUUGUGGUGACGGGAGCGUUCUUGGUGCUGCCUCAAGCAGUGCACCCUCCAGCGCUGUCUGAUGAGAGACGCCCCUUCUCUGGCCUGGAGCUCCUCACCGGAGCAGGAUAUUUCUCCGACACUGUGAUGUACUAUGGCUACUACAGUAACUACACACUGCGUCAGCACUGCACAGACGAUGGCGACGGUCAGAAGCUCUCCGUGUCCAAUGGAACCUCGGUGGAGUGUGUGUUGAGGCACCUGUCUUACAACAUGCCGCUGGCAUACUUCUUCACCAUAGGAUUUGCCUUCUUCAUCACAUGCAUCAUCCUUGUGUACAGCAUGUCCAAAUCCUUUGGUCAGAGUUUCCGAAUCGACAAAUCUCACAGCAUCCUUGCCAUGAAGGUUUUCUGCUCCUGGGACUUUAAAGUCAUCAAAAAAACGUCUGUCAAGCUCAUGUCUGAGAAUAUCUGCACACAGCUUAAGGAGCUGUUGGCAGAGGUGAACCACAAACACGUCAUGAUCACUUCGUGUCAGAAGUUGUUGAAAGUCAUGGUCUACAGCCUAGCAUGGGCUAUCUGUAUCGCAGGCACCACUGCGUGUGCGCUGAGCAUUUAUUUCUUCUCUCAGUAUAUGCACCAGAACCUCCAGGAAAGAUCUCAGAGUCCGCUCAAAGCCCAGAACCCCUUGCUGAAUGAGGCCAGUCUGCUGGCUUUGCCCAUGCUGGUGUCAGUCAUCAACCUGCUGCUGCCUGGCUUGUUCAACCUCGCAGCCUGGAUGGAGGACUACCAGUCGCCGUCUGUGUGCACAUACGUCGCCAUCGGCAGGAACUUGAUGUUAAAAGUGAGCAUUCUCGGCGUCCUCUGUUACCACUGGCUGGGUCGGGUGGCUGCCGACUUUAACGGCAUCAUGUGCUGGGAGAGUUUUGUUGGCCAAGAGCUUUAUCGCUUCUUACUGAUAGACUUCAUCUUCACUCUCCUGGACACCUUGUUAGGAGAGCUUCUUUGGAGGUUGUUUUCUCAGAAGGUGCUGAAGAGGAGGAGGAAACCAGUUUUUGACAUUGCCAGGAAUGUCCUUGACCUCAUCUAUGGACAGACUUUAGCUUGGUUGGGUGUACUCUUCACUCCUCUACUGCCUGCAGUGCAGAUUCUCAAACUCCUGUUGCUCUUCUACAUUAAAAAGAGCAGUGUAAUGAUGAACUGUCAGUCUCCCAGGAAGCCAUACAGAGUCAGCCAGAUGACCACCAUCUUCAUCACCCUCCUCUGCUUCCCCUCCUUCAUCGGUGCCUCUGUGUGUGUCACAUACACCAUGUGGAGUAUCACGCCAUCCUCGUCGUGUGGUCCUUUCCGUGGACUCAAAACUAUGUUCCAGGCAGGAAAACUCUGGGUGCAAGAACUGGAAAAAGAUAAUCCCAAACUGUCCAUUUUAGCCAGGGCUCACGCUUACCUGGUGGAAAACCCUUUCUUCCUCUUUGUGGGAGCAGGAAUCUUCUUGAUUGUCAUCUACUUCCACAGUCAGGUGGUAGACGGUCAAAGGAAGAUCAUCAGUUUGCUACAGGAGCAGAUAGAAAAUGAGGGAGACGAUAAAAAGUUCCUCAUCACCCGCCUCCAGUCCAUCCAUGAGCAAAAGCGAACGCCCGCUCGUAGACUCACAAGUCAGGACUCUUCUUGUUGAGACAGCUUUGCCUGCAGCAAACGAGCACCGUCAGUGACUCCUAGUGGUGGAAGUCUCUCAGCACUGAAUGAGGUCUGGAGAAAUAGGAAACCUGUGGGGAUCAUAACUGGAAUAGAAGAACACCAAUACACAGGACCAAAGUCAUGUACUACAUGAUCCCUUUGUUGGAUUACACAUUUUAAAAAACUAUUUUUUUAAUGACUGCAAGAGCAAAACAACUUGAAGAUACCAGGUGCAACACACAGGUGUCUUCUUCUACACAGAUGUACAUAUAAAAACAAAAAGCAGUGACGCUGCCAGAAGAUGUCACGCGUGACUUACGACAACAUGACUGCACAAGAGGAAGUGAGAGAAGACGCAACCAUGAGAAAUGAACACCUGUGUUUGCAGUUGUUGUUGUUUUUAAACUAAGCAGAUCAACAGAGGGAUAAAGAACACAUGAAGCUGAUGUCAUCUCUUGUAGAAGCACUUUCAUACCAACUGUGAACUGUUUUUAUUUCUUCUGAUUUUAUAAAUAUCUUUUUAAUCAGUUUGCAGGAUUGUAGGUAAACUCUGGUUUUAGUGGGUGUGAGAUGUGUAAAUAUUGCCUUUUAAUUAGGGUGAUAACUGGUUUUUUUUACCAUACUUUUGUAAUUAAAUUAUGUUUUGUCAUA